AGAGAGAAUGGUCAAAUACAAAAACAGGUAGAGAGAGAAAAAGAGAUAAAUACGUGAAAAUUGGAGGGACAGAGAGAUAGAAGAGACAGACAGCGACAGAGUGAAAGACUGAUAAAUGGAGGAAGAAAGAGAGAGGGAGAGAAACAAAAAGAUAGGGAAUCGUAAGAAAGAGUAUUUGAGAGACAAAGGAAGAGACAGGGAGGGAGAGAGAGAAGUCAGACAUGUAGGGAGUGCGAAAGGUGAAGAAAGAAAGGGAGGGAAUGAUAGAGAGAGAGAGAGAGAGAGAGAGAGAGAGAGAGAGAGAGAGCACACCGUGCGCGCGGUUAGAGCGGUCUCAUAUCUGCGCGCGCUCUUACUGAACUCACAUCUCCACGUUUCCAGCUUCCUACCGGAAAGUCGCGCGCGCUCCUCAUGCCCUUGAAGAGCACCGUUACUACCGCGUUAAACCUUUAACGCGUUGUUGAAUGAGCUCGCGCACGCUGUCUCUCCGUAUCCGGUCUGAACCGUCCCGCGCAUGAGCCCCGCGCGUUUAAUCUCUCGUGCGCCAUGAAGACGAGCCGGCGGUGUCGCGCGCUGCUCUCCGUGGGCUUGAAUCUGCUCGCGCUGUUGCUCUCGAGCACGGCGUUCGCCACGGCGUAUUGGUGCCAGGGCACGCAGCGCGUCCCCAAACCGAGCUGCAGCAAGGAGCGACGCCACCACUGCAUCGACUACGGAGCCAACGACACCGACCCGAGCAAAGUGCACUACAGCUGGGAGACCGGAGACGACCGCUUCCUGUUCCGCCGCUUCCACGCGGGCAUCUGGUACUCGUGCGAGGAGAACAUCCACAGCGCAGGUGAGAAAUGCAGGAGCUUUAUCGAUCUGGCACCAGCGUCGGAGAGAGGUGUCCUUUGGCUGUCAGUGGUCUCCGAGGUGCUAUACAUCAUGCUGCUGGUGGUUGGCUUCAGCCUAAUGUGCUUGGAGCUCUUUCACUCCAGCAACGUGAUCGAUGGCUUGAAGCUGAACGCCUUUGCUGCCGUCUUCACGGUGCUGUCAGGACUUUUGGGAAUGGUGGCUCACAUGAUGUACACCCAGGUGUUCCAGAUCACAGUCAGUCUGGGACCCGAAGACUGGAGACCGCACACCUGGGACUACGGCUGGUCCUUCUGCAUGGCAUGGGGAUCUUUCACCUGCUGCAUGGCCGCCUCCGUCACCACACUCAACUCCUACACGAAGACGGUCAUCGAGUUCCGGCACAAGCGCAAGCUCUUCGAGCAGGGUCUUCGUGAAGAACAAGCCUUCCUCGACCAAGAGGCCUUCCACUACUUCCAGGAUCGCUCUGUGCAGUCCAUCUCUAGCUCGGUGGACCUGUACCCAGGCCACAGCAACACCCAUGGCAGUGCAUAUAGCAGUGGCCGUGGGAAAAUACAUGCGCCUUCAACUUCCGUGGACAUGGCGGACAACGCGGAUUCUCUGGGAGAGGAGCAAUGCUGAGGAUGCCUACUCGCAAAGACCUUUUUAUGAUCUGAAUAUAUACCAACAUUGAGGAUUGCGAACUGCAUCUAAGAACUCUCCGGAAGACACGUGACAUUGUGAUGGACCUAUUUUCUUGGGGCGGGUAUAAAAAGUGGGUUUAUAUUUAAUUAUACAAACAAAGGUGAAAUAUUUUCUGCAUAUCUGAAAAGGAAGGAAAUGAAAAUGAUACUAAAACUGUGAUAAGAGCUUGGUAGUCAAUUGUGAAUUGAGAACAGGGACAGUUUCUGAACAUAGCUAUGAAAGGUGCACUAACACUGCCACACAAAUAACAAUGCAUUGGGUAUUAACAGGGUGCCUGCAGGUUUUUAUUUAAGUAGUCUGAAAUGACAUUUUACGGAUUUGCAGCCUGAAGUACUAAAUCGUCAAACUCAUCUCUAUAUUUUAAAAAAGUUUUUUCAUAUGCAAGUUACGUUGAGAUAACUUUUGAGGACAUUGUGAGGACGUUCUAAGGACACCAUUUUGUUACGUUUAUGGAAAUAUCUUGAGGUUUCCUGCAGACACCCUGUGAAACAGAAAUCUGAAGAAUGGUUUUAUAGGCACUGCCAGACAUGCAAGUGUUGCAUUAUCUGUCUAUAUAUAAAUAUAUAUCGAAUGUCCUCCAUCGCUGAAUAUGCCUUUGUGUUGAAAACAGCAGAUUAGCACAGUGUUUACAUUCGAUCCCCACAGAAGCACAGCUUGAUACUUUCAGCAUCUUGAACCAUUGAUUAGAUUAGCCUGUUCUUGAUUUUGUGACUUUCGUAUGCAUUACUGAAUUGUUGAGCAAUGGCGGUUAUGGGCCA